AUGGCCGAAAAAGGUAAGCUCCACAUUGUUAUGUUCCCAUGGCUGGCUUUUGGCCACAUGAUUCCAUAUUUGGAGCUCGCCAAGCUCAUAGCUCAAAAGGGUCACAAGAUCUCCCUCGUUUCCACCCCUAGAAACAUUGAUCGUCUCCCAAAACUGCCUCCAAAUUUAACACCUUCCAUAGAUUUCGUGAAGCUUCCAUUACCCCAUGUCGGUAACCUCCCUGAAAACGCAGAGGCCACCAUUGAUGUACCUUUCGACAAGGUCAAGUACCUCAAGAUCGCCUACGAUGGCCUCAAAGAACCCAUUACUCACUUCCUCAAAACUUCUUCACCUGACUGGGUGUUCUAUGAUUUUGUUCCCUUCUGGUUGGGUUCCAUCGCAGCUGAACUCAAUAUUUCUAGAGCUUUCUUCAGUAUUUUCACCGCACCUAUAUUGUCUUUUUUCGGGCCUGUACCAGUUCUAAAGGGUACUCAAGAAGAUCGGACGAAAUUGGAAGACUUCACCGUCCGACCGAAAUGGGUGCCGUUCGAAACAACGGUGGUGUUUCGGCUCUUCGAGAUCAAGCGCGUCUUUAACAGCUUCACCGGAGACGAUGACGACGUUCCGGACACAUAUCGUGCAGGAGCAGGCAUCGAAGACUGUGAAGUGCUGGUCGUUAGGGGCUGUUCGGAGUUUGAACCGGAAUGGUUAAAGCUUCUUGAAGAAAUCCACGGCAAACCGGUUAUUCCGGUGGGUCAGCUGCCCACCACGGUUUUUGACGGCGGCGAUGACGACACGGACGAUGCAUGGAGAGGAAUGAAGGAGUGGCUCGACAAGCAAGUGAAAGGAUCGGUAGUUUAUGUAGCAUUUGGAAGCGAGGCGAAACCGAGUCAAGCCGAACUCACUGAGAUUGCUCUUGGGUUGGAGCUAUCCGGGUUACCAUUCUUCUGGGUUUUGAGAAAGCAACGAGGUUCAGCAGAUACCGAGUUGAUCGAUUUACCAGAAGGGUUUGAAGAGAGAACGAAAGAUCGUGGGUGGGUUUGCACGAGUUGGGCGCCUCAACUGAAGAUACUGAGUCAUGACUCAGUUGGUGGGUUCUUGACUCACUCGGGUUGGAGUUCAGUGGUGGAGGCCAUACAGUUCGAGAGAGCUCUGAUUUUGUUGACUUUUUUGGCGGAUCAGGGGUUGAAUGCUAGGGUUCUGGAGGAAAAGAAGAUGGCGUAUUCGAUACCUAGGAAUGAGACGGAUGGGUCGUUCACUAGGAACACAGUGGCCGAGUCACUGAGUUUGGUGAUGGUGGGGGAAGAAGGGAAAGUAUACAGGGAAAAAGUCAAGGAGAUGAGGGAAUUGUUUGUGGGCAGAGACAGACAGGAUGGGUAUGUGGACAACCUAUUGGGUUAUCUUCGAAGUCAUAGAAGGCUUAAGCUGGAAGACCAAUCAAAUGGUGGACAGAGAAACUAA